GUUAGACCAUCCGUUCGGAUUCCUGAAACACCCGGAUAUUAUUCACAAUGCAACCAAUACACACAAAGAAGGUUGAAUCGACCAUCUACACGGACCCAGCCGCCGCCAAAGACCUCGGUGAGGGCAGCAGAGUCAACGGUAAAGACUGGAAGAUCAAGAAGGAUGCUUUCCGUAUCAAGAGAUUAGGUGUCAAGAACACUUGGGCUAAGAAGGAAGAGCAGAGAAUCAAAGAACAGGCUACCAAAGACAAGUUGAGGGAGAUGAAGGAGGAGAAGGAGUCCGAGCGCAAGAGUCGUAUCGAAGCCAUCAAGAAGAAGAAGGAAGCCCAGACCGAGAAGGAGAGAUACGAGAGAAUCGCCGCCAAGAUGCACGCCAAGAAGGUUGAGAGAUUGAGAAAGAAGGAGAAGAGAAACAAGUUGCUCAAGGAGCGUUAAACUCGCACCUAUAGCGUCUGGUAGACUCUGCCAAACAUUAAUGUUAGCACCUCGCUCGUUUCGCGGAGCAGAAACCUGCUACUGGUAAGG